AUGGCGAAGAGAAGGUUGAGGGUGCCACCAAGGGCUUUAUUGUAUUUUCCUACUCAUUUAUUCAAAACAUUACAAUGUGCUUUCUGUCUCACUUCUUCCUUCAUUUAUCGCAAGAAAACUGAAAAAGUUCAGGAAGGUGGAAGUGGUUUGGAGACAAACUUGCGGUAUUUUACAUACAAAGAGCUCGCUGAAGCGACAAAUGACUUCAAAGAAGAGGUGGGAAGAGGAGGUUUUGGUGUUGUUUACAAGGGGACAAUGCAGGCAGGCUCUACUAUUGUUGUUGCUGUCAAGAAGUUAGAUAAAGUGGUUCAGGAUGGGGAAAAAGAAUUUAAAACAGAAGUACAAGUGAUUGGCCAGACGCAUCACAAGAAUUUGGUCCGUUUGCUAGGAUUUUGUGACGAGGGGCAGAAUCGAUUGUUGGUGUACGAGUUCUUGAGUAAUGGCACUCUAGCAAACUUCCUUUUCGGAUGCUCUAAGCCCAAUUGGAAGCAAAGGAUCCAAAUUGCCUUUGGCAUUGCAAGAGGACUCUUGUACCUGCACGAAGAAUGUGGCACCCAAAUCAUUCACUGUGAUAUAAAGCCUCAGAACAUACUUCUUGACAAUUAUUACAAUGCUCGAAUAUCUGAUUUUGGACUGGCAAAGCUUUUGGUGAUGGAUCAGAGCAAAACUCAAACUGCUAUUAGAGGAACAAAAGGGUAUGUUGCACCUGAAUGGUUCAGGAACAGACCAAUCACUGUGAAGGUUGAUGUGUAUAGCUUCGGUGUCAUGCUGAUAGAGAUAAUCUGUUGUAGAAGAAAUGUAGAUUUGGAGAUCGGUGAAGCAGAGAAUCCAGUACUGACUGAUUGGGCUUAUGACUGCUAUAUGAAUGGAAGUUUGGAUGUUUUAAUUGGAGAUGACAUGGAGGCCAAGAAUGACAUAUCGACACUAGAGCGUCUGUUGAAGGUCGGGAUUUGGUGUAUUCAAGAGGAUCCAUCUGUCAGACCCACCAUGAGGAAGGUCACACAGAUGCUUGAAGGAGUUGUUGAAGUUCCUGCUGCUCCAAAUCCAUUUCCAUAUAGUACAAUUAGCAAAUACAGUCAUAAUGAUCUUUAUUUCACUUAGAUAUGAUUUUUCUACGGUUUUUUCCACCAUGAAAUGUAGCUUUAUAAAUUGAAACUGUGUGUUAAAUUUGAAUUAGUUUCCAAGGAAUCAACAUGUUGUGAUGAAUCCAAAAACUUGAGGUUAGCAUGUUCUUGUUCUUUUAGUUUCCUUGCUUCAGAUAUACCAAUGGAAGUUCAUCGUGGUGUUACUCUCUUAGCAGAGUAAGGGUAGGGAUUAGGUUUAAAGUCCAAUUUGCUCUGUACUACCAUGAGAAUCAAAAUAAAAAAACACAAGUCUUGGUCAAGA